GAGACAAAUGGAUGACUAUACCAGACAUGGGGUAUGCGAUUGCUAAUCGGUAUAAUGUAAUCCUUGUCUGCUUGUCGUCAGUUCAGGAUUUGACGAUAUUCCCACUUCGUACAUCCCCACCUAUUUCGCAAAGUCAACAUCGACUAAUUUGUAUUGGACAUGUUUACAGUUCUCAUUUUGUGCAGGUUCGUCUACAAGAAGGUUGUCCAUUACCAACAGUGGAUAUCAUAUCAUCUAGCAAUUGUUACCCAAAGGCAAAAGGUUGGGCAUCAUUUUAUAGAGAUAGGAUGCAAGCAUUCCUAGAUUUACACGUAGUGGAUCGUAGUUAUGUAGAUCUCAUGGAAGACUGAUAUUUGUUGAUUGUAUUAAGUAUUUGACUGUUGUUGUUUGUAAUUAUUUUACCAAUAUAUAAAAUUCUAACUCCUUUGGCCAAGGGACGGAUAUAUUUU